GAAUUUGACACACACAUAAAUUUCUAUUUUCUUCUACAAACUUCUUUUGCCUCUUCUCCAAGCUUCUUCUCUCAUAGUCUCAUGUAUAUACAAACCACCGUUGCUGCUUCAUCUCCACUUCCAAAACCCUAAACCCAAAAAAACUCAUCAAUUUCUCCGAUUGACCUCUCAUGGCGUCGAGAAGACUGUCCAAAUCUAUUACGUCAGCCAUCAAGGCUCAAUACACUUACUCGAGACCUUCUCUUCUCCUCCGUUCUCGCUCCCUCUCUGCCUCUGCUCACAAUAUCUCUCCUAAUUCCUCUAUUUUCCGGCCAACUUCGUUCAUCGGAGACGGACUCGCCGGUAAAUACAACUCGUCUGUAACUUCCGCCGCUGCGAACGGCCAAUUCUUGCCUCUUUCUUUCCAAUUCCCUUCUCCGCGUAGCUUCUCCACCAGUACAGCUCAGCCUACUCAAAAUGAGUUUACGGAGAUGGCAUGGAAAGGGAUCCUCGAUGCAGUUGAUGCAGCUCGUGUUUCGAGUCAACAGAUUGUGGAAUCUGAGCAUUUGAUGAAAGCUCUUCUUGAGCAAAAAGAUGGUAUGGCUAGGAGGGUAUUUGCCAAAGCGGGAAUCGACAACUCCUCUCUUCUUCAGGCUACAGAUUCCUUCAUAUCUAAACAACCAAAGGUUACAGGUGAUACGAGUGGUCAGAUGCUAGGUUCAUCUAUUAGUGCUAUAUUAGAUAGCGCAAAGAGGCAUAAGAAAGAGAUGUUAGAUAGUUAUGUAUCGGUCGAACACCUUCUGUUGGCCUAUUAUUCAGAUGUAAGGUUUGGACAAGAACUUUUCAAGGACGUUAAACUUGAUAAGGAAGCCCUAAAGGAUGCUAUUAAAGCUGUCCGCGGUAGUCAACGAGUAACUGAUCAAAAUCCUGAAGGAAAAUAUGAAGCACUUGAAAAGUAUGGAAAUGAUUUAACUGAGAUGGCUAGACGAGGGAAACUCGAUCCUGUCAUUGGGCGGGAUGAUGAAAUUCGGCGUUGCAUUCAGAUUUUAUGUAGGAGAACAAAAAACAAUCCUGUUAUUAUUGGUGAACCUGGUGUAGGGAAAACUGCUAUUGCAGAAGGGUUAGCCCAACGGAUUGUGCGAGGAGAUGUCCCUGAACCUCUCAUGAAUCGAAAGUUGGUAUCUCUCGACAUGGGUUCACUCCUUGCUGGUGCCAAAUAUCGAGGAGAUUUUGAGGAAAGGUUGAAAGCAAUAUUAAAGGAAGUAACAGCUUCCAAUGGACAGAUAAUCUUGUUCAUUGAUGAGAUCCACACUGUUGUUGGUACAGGAGCUAUGGGAGGAGCAAUGGAUGCGAGCAACCUCUUGAAACCAAUGCUUGGACGAGGUGAACUGAGAUGCAUCGGUGCAACUACAUUGACCGAAUACCGCAAAUACAUAGAGAAAGAUCCAGCUCUCGAGCGUAGGUUUCAACAAGUGUUAUGUGGUCAGCCCUCUGUUGAAGAUACAAUCUCGAUUCUUCGUGGGUUAAGAGAGCGAUAUGAAUUACACCAUGGCGUUACUAUAUCAGAUGGUUCCCUUGUUUCAGCAGCAGUUCUAGCAGACCGCUACAUCACUGAACGCUUUCUGCCAGACAAAGCUAUUGAUCUUGUUGACGAAGCUGCUGCAAAGCUAAAGAUGGAGAUCACUUCUAAACCCACUGAACUUGAUGAAAUAGACAGAGCUGUGAUCAAACUGGAGAUGCAGAAGCUGUCUUUGAAAAAUGAUACUGAUAAAGCUUCUAAAGAACGGCUACAGAAGAUUGAGUGCGAUCUGUCCACACUCAAAGAUAAACAGAAAGAACUCAGUGACCAAUGGGAGAAAGAGAAGUCGCUCAUGACUAAAAUACGUUCAUUUAAAGAAGAGAUUGAUAGAGUUAACCUGGAAAUUGAAUCUUCUGAACGUGAAUAUGAUCUAAAUCGAGCUGCUGAGCUUAAGUAUGGAACACUUAUGUCCCUCCAACGCCAGUUAGAAGAAGCUGAGAAGAAUCUAACGAGUUUCCGACAGUCUGGACAGUCUCUACUCCGAGAAGAGGUUACUGAUUUUGACAUAGCAGAGAUAGUAAGCAAGUGGACCGGUAUUCCGUUAUCUAAUCUUCAACAAUCAGAGAGAGAAAAGCUGGUUAUGUUGGAACAAGUGCUCCACAACAGAGUUAUUGGUCAAGACAUUGCUGUAAAAUCAGUAGCCGAUGCUGUACGACGUUCAAGGGCUGGUCUUUCUGAUCCUAACCGCCCAAUAGCCAGUUUCAUGUUCAUGGGUCCAACAGGUGUUGGUAAAACUGAGCUUGCCAAAGCUCUAGCUGGAUACCUUUUCAAUACUGAGAAUGCAAUAGUGAGGAUCGAUAUGAGUGAGUAUAUGGAAAAAUUCUCAGUCUCACGGCUCAUUGGUGCACCACCUGGCUAUGUUGGUUAUGAAGAAGGUGGGCAGUUAACUGAAGCUGUUCGGAGGAGACCUUACUCAGUUGUUCUGUUUGAUGAGAUUGAGAAAGCUCACCAUGAUGUCUUCAAUAUCUUGCUACAGCUGUUAGACGAUGGAAGAAUAACUGAUUCUCAAGGGAGGAGAGUAAGUUUCACAAAUUGUGUCAUAAUUAUGACAUCGAAUAUAGGAUCUCACCACAUACUUGAGACCCUCCGCAACAAGGAAGACAGCAAAGAAGCAGUUUAUGAGAUAAUGAAGCGACAAGUUGUGGAGUUAGCAAGACAAAAUUUUAGGCCCGAGUUCAUGAACAGGAUUGACGAAUAUAUAGUUUUCCAGCCACUGGAUUCAAAAGAAAUCUCCAAAAUCGUAGAGUUGCAGAUGAGACGGGUUAAGAAUAGGUUGGAACAGAAGAAAAUCAAUCUUCAGUAUACGCAAGAGGCCGUGGAUCUCCUAGCUCAGCUUGGAUUCGACCCCAACUAUGGCGCGAGGCCUGUGAAGAGAGUGAUUCAACAGAUGGUAGAGAACGAAAUCGCUGUCGGAGUUCUAAAAGGAGAUUUCGCGGAAGAAGACACAGUUCUUGUCGACGUUGACCACCUCAUGGCUAGUGACAACAAAUUGGUUAUCAAGAAGGUCGAGAGUAGUAAUGCUUCUUCCACUGAAGAAAUGGCUGCUUAGCUUUGUACAAAACAAAAUUAGUCUUUCGGUAGAUUCGUACAUUAGUAUCUUCUAACAGGUGUGGAUUGUUAUGUUACUUUUUAGUAUCUUCUGCCGACAAAAGUAAAUGGGAACGACACCGACAUUAGCAUUUGGAAAGUAUUAAAACUUGGAACGGUGAAUGUGUUAAAGAUCAUUUAUGGAUGGGUUUAAUAUAGGAACGUACGUACCAAUGUGGUGGUACCAUUACAGA